ACUGCAAAUAAAUAUCAUCGAAUAAAUACAAGAAAUAUUACACUAGUGUGCGUUAAAGCGAGCCUUGUUGUUGCGAUUAAAGAUUAAAGAAAGUUCGUUGCGAAACAUUAUUACUUGUUUUAUGAAAGAGGGGCUCCGUUCGCUUUCAAACCCAACGCAACGAAUUCCCCUAAGCGAUCGGUGUCAGUGACAUUGCACCGUCGACAGCACCUAACCUCUCUUUGUAAUUUCUAAUUCUAAUGAUAUUUUAAGUUUUUAAUUGCACAAAUAACUCCAAAAUGAUUGAAACAACGCCGUAUAGUAUCUUCAAGGUCGUGUUUUUUUACUGUGCGAUUAUUUUGUUUGCACCUAUUACGACGUUCUUUGGAAUGAAAUAUUUCUUUUUUGAAGGACUUAUUGGGACUGGAAAUUUAGCGAGUAACGUCUGGUCUGCCGUUUUGGCUGUCGUCGUUCUGCAUAUUGCGUUAGGCUGCUUCAUUUAUAGAGCCUAUUUUGACGGUGGGAAGGCAAAGUUGGACGAGAAAGUAGACUAGAUUGUAUAUUUAUCAUGUCAUGUUCCGUUUUGUAAAAUAGUACCUUUGUAUAAGUAUUAAGAAUGUAAAUGUAAGUUGAAUAUAUUUUAACGGGAGUAGGUCA